GUUAUUUACAAAGUUUAUCUUAAAGAAAAUCGAGUUAUGAAAAGAAACAUUAAUGAACAACUAAGAAUUAAGACUGUAUAUGACAGAAGUGUUGAAGAAUUGCUCCCUGAAAAAAAACAGCUUAUAAAGAAAUAUGCUUAUCUGCCUAGAAAAGACAAAAGUGAUAAGGAGUAUCCUGCAAGACCAAUUGCAGGAUAUGCUAAUCUGUGUCCAAAUAUGAUUUCAACUCAACCACAGGAGUUUAUUGGCAUGUUGUCUACAGUGAAACAUGAAAUCAUUCAUGCUUUGGGUUUCUCCGCUGGACUUUUUGCAUUUUAUCGUGAUGAUGAUGGAAAUCCUUUGACUCCUAGAUAUGCAAAUGGAUUGCCACUAUUUAAUGAAAGCCUUGGUGUGUAUCAGUGGAGUGAUAAAGUUAUACGUAAAGCAGUAAGAUUAUGGGAUGUGCGGGAUAAUAACAUUUUGCCUCAUAAUGUAUUCCUUUUGGUAACUCCUAAGGUAGUUAGGGAAGCAAGAAAACACUUUGACUGUCCAAAUUUAGAAGGAAUGGAACUGGAAAAUCAAGGUGGCAUAGGUACAGAGCUUAAUCACUGGGAGAAACGGUUAUUAGAGAAUGAAGCAAUGACUGGAUCACAAACACAGAACAGGGUCUUCUCCCGGAUUACUCUGGCAUUAAUGGAAGACACUGGCUGGUAUCAAGCCAAUUAUAGUAUGGCAGAAAAACUAGAAUGGGGCCGAGGAAAAGGCUGCGACUUUGUGAUGAAAAGCUGCAAGUUUUGGAUCAAUCAGCAACGGAGAAAAAAAGAACCAGUAGCCCCAUAUUGUGACACUCUGAGAAGUAAUCCAUUACAAUUAACAUGCAGGCAGGACCAAAGAGCAGUAGCAGUGUGCAAUUUACAGAAGUUCUCUCAACAGUUGCCUCAGGAAUAUCAGGUAUGUUAUAUGACACAUGAAACAAAAGCAUGUCUCAUUCUUCUGAAUUAAUAACCUUAUUCAGAAGCAGUGUUAAACCAAAGGCUGUAUUCCCUCAAUGCGCUAUGCCAGGGUUUAUGUAUUAGGUAAUAGGUACUUUGGUUUUAUCAUUGCCUCAUGUCCUGCAAAGGCUUAAAGCAUUCCUAAUGCCCUUUCAUAUACUUAUGUAUAGUUGCACUGAUUCUGUCAAGUGGGGAAGGGUUAGGAGGCAAGAUAGAUGCUUU